GGAAUGUGAUUUACCUCCUAAAAAGAGAAAGGAUGCAAACAUGAUUGAAGUUUAUUCUGACCUUAAUUCAGAAAAUGAAGAAGAAAAUUAUAAGGAAGUUUAUGCUACUCCAAGAAUAAGGAUCACUCCAAAUACUACUAAUAGAAGAGAAGCAAAAGAAAGAAUCAAAAAGACUUCCGAAUCUCAACAAGAAAUGAGAUUAAAAAAUAGAAAUAUAACUAAACCAAUCCCUCUUACUACCCUAAUGGAUUUUGAAGAAAGAACUUUAACCUCAAAUGUUAAGAAACCUCGAAGAAAAAUACCACGCACUCCCUCUGCUAUUGACCAACUAGCUUCUUAUAAUGUAGUUGAGGAUAUUCUAAACCUACCUUCGUCUGCAAAACUUGGACAAUGGUUAAAAUAUCUAGAUCAAAGGAGAAAUUUAACUAAUGCAUUGAAAAGAGCUAUCAUUAAAGAAACCAAUAAUGUUGAUCUUGAUAACGAAUAUAUGAGUGACAAUGAUAAUACUCCUACAACUGCGAUCAGAUGUACUAUUCAAAUUCACCAUAGCAAUGUGCAAGCUAUUCUUGACUCUGGUGCAGCUAUUA